GGAAUCAAUAAACUUUGGAGCCUGGGCUUCUGAAGCGACAAAAUCAAAUGAUAUCAAACUAAAGACGCUGCAAAACCACUUUCCACAAAAUACAGAGCUCUUUUUUAACAAAUGAAAGGAUCUGAAAGCCUGUCACUCAUAUAUAAUGUAUAAGCUAGAGUCCUUGUAGCGGCAACUGGGAUUGCUGAAUGACAUAGGUUAGUUUACCAGCGGGGAUGGCUGGGUUUGGAUACCGUACAGAGUAAGGGCAAAGUCUUUUCAGAAUGAAACGUCCAAAUACGCUCAAGUAGAGUCACUUAGAGCCAUCACACUGAAAGGCAGUUACAAAUGAAUGACAAACGCCAAUAAAGAUAAGCAGUUCAAUUAACAAUGACAGGAUUGAAAUAAUGCCUAUGAAACUGAAACUGAUCGCUGUCAGGGGACUCAGUAGCCCAGAGAGGUUGGAGCGAGUCCGUACCCAGGCAGCUCCGGUGACAGUUUGCUCCAAUGAUCACUCCAGUGUAGGCUGCGCGGUGCGGAUCAGAGUAUUCCCCAGGGACUCUGCAGGAAAGAGUCGUGAGAUGGAGAGGAGAAUGGCUUAUGCUCAGAUAAGAUAUGUUACAUAUGUGCCCAGCUGGGGACCCUCUCUCUGUCAUGCGUUUGUCUAUUAGAGUUGGGCGCCUCCAAGCAAGAAGAGUCUCCCAUCAGUGGCUCUGUAGCCACCACAAAUCUCAGCCUUUCGCAGAGAAAUCCAACCUGAGCACUUGCGAAGGAGACCUUCCUCGGAGAGCAGCAUCUGGAAGAAAACCUCCUUGAUGUGCCUGAAGAGAGGCUCCUAGCUGUGAGCUCACUGGUGUUAUAAAUAUCUCAGGUUGGGGCUCUCUCUAGCGAUGAGCAAUGUCUCCUAGGCUCGCACGCACAGAUACAAGCACAGCCCCUCAUCAUAUCCACUGACAGCCUGCUGCUGCGGGGGGCACUGGCACAGCAAAAUGCACCGGGGACACCCACCGUUGGAAGAAUGAGAUUGCCUUUACUCUGUUCCUGCGCAGUCCUCCUUCUCUCCUUAUUCAGCCUCUCAAGUUCAGCCUCGGCAGCACCAAAGAAGAAAGCCAAGGGUGGUCCUGGUAAAGGCUCAACCAACGGGAAAAAUCAAAGAUUUAAGUCUUCCUCUUCUGCUUCUCUGGGAUUAGAGGACAGCGGGUCUUUGUGGGGCACUGCGGGGCGCAGAACUGGCAGCUUGUACUGUAGGGUGGGCAUUGGCUUUCAUCUCCAGAUCCACCCGGAUGGCAAAGUCAACGGUUCUCACGAAGCCAAUCAUUUAAGUAUGUUAGAAAUAUUUGCUGUGUCUCAGGGGAUUGUUGGCAUACGAGGAGUUUUCAGCAACACAUUUUUAGCUAUGUCAAAAAAAGGGAAACUUCAUGCAACACCAACAUUUUCAGAAGAAUGCAAAUUCUUGGAGAGGUACCAGGAGAACAGCUAUAACACAUAUGCCUCAGCUACUUACAGAACUGAAAAGACUGGGAGGAUGUGGUAUGUAGCUCUAAACAAAAGAGGUAAAGCAAAGAGAGGAUGCAGCCCGACAGUAAAGCCUCAACACCUAUCCACGCACUUUCUUCCCAGGAUCAAACAACAAGAGCCACCAGAACUCUCCUUUACUGUAACAGCUCCUGAAAAGAAAAAAACUGUGGUUUCUCCUGCAAAAGCAAAGACUGUAUCAGCAUCUAAGAAGAACAGCAGCCCUGUAAGAUACAGAUUAAAGUUUCGUUUUGGAUAAAGAGAUCUGUUUCUGCAAAAACUGACAUUCAUGUUAUAAGAUUAUGUAACCGCACAAAAGGUAUCAGCCAUGUUGAGAUGUUCAACACUUCAUGCCCCAAGCAAAGCAAGCUUUCAAUUUGAUAUUGUUUGAGGUAGAAAUGAUCUUUGUUUAUGCAACUUUCUCACUCAGUGAUAGUGAUUCAAUAAAGUGCUAGAUGCUCUCAUUGAAACCUAUUUUACAUCCAUCCAUAAACUGAUAUUAUGGUAAGUACUAUUACCAUGAUCUCUACAAAUAAGAAACAGCAAUAAUGGCAUAUUGAUCAUCCCAUGAUACUUACUAACAGGCUGUUUUAUUUUGGUAAGGGCCUAGUAUGUGGCUGCAUGGUUGUAAAUGUAUUUCCCAAGAUUUUUCUUUUUUGAAUGAUCCCACUAUGCAAGAAAGGACUAAGCACUGAGCUUAAUUAUAAUGCAAUAAAUGUUCUUAUUUAUAUGUCUGUAAGAGAUGUUCUAUCUAAUAUGAAUAGCUAACUAAAGUAAGUAAAGAAAGUAAGUAAUUCAGGAACGGAGACAUAAACAUCUUUGUUUAACAUAAGACCUACAAACAAGGCUCACGUUAAAAGCUGUGUUUUCCUGAUUGUACAAUAUAAUAUAUUUGAAACUCUGUACCAGUAUAUGACCUGUUAUCCAGAAUGCUUGGGCCCAAAGC